AUGCAAGUUACUACUUUUAUUUUACUAGCUUGCGUGGCUUUGAGUGAAUGUGAAAUGGAACCAUUCGUGGUUGGUGGUGGACGAGCCGAUAUUCACGACUUUCCAUAUAUCGCCUACCUUGGGAUAAAAUGUAGCCAGGAUGAUGAUGACGGUGAAUUAUAUUUUUGUGGCUCGUCUAUCAUAAAUCAGCGCAUAACAUUGACAGCGGCACACUGUCUAUUCUAUUGCACAGAAAAUUCUUCAAUAACAGUAGCUGUUGGUAACGCACACGUCAACGGGGGCGUGCUUUCAACUGCCCGUAGUUUCCUCAUUCAUGAACAUUAUUCUCAACAAACAGUAGAUAAUGAUAUUGCUUUGGUGUUGGUGACCACGGCAUUCAUAUUUAGUGAUUCUGUUAGCCGUGUGGCUUUGAUGCCGAGACCACCGCAUAAUGAAUUGGCGCGAUUAGCUGGCUGGGGUUUGCGAGAUGAACAAAAAGAAAAAUCUACAUCAAAUCUUCUAUACACGGAGCAGAAAGUGGUGGAAUUGCCGCAAUGUGAAGUCUUACUGAAUAAAAUACCCAAUGGCACAUUCUGUGGCAGCAGUACGACAUUACGUGGCUACGCUUCAAUAGGUGACUCGGGCAGCCCUCUUGUUGUAAAAAAAAUCAUCCAGAUUGGCAUCGUGUCCUUCAAGAAACCAAAUGUUAAUCGGGCCUUGGUAAUCUACACCGAUACAGGUUACUUCUAUGAAUGGAUAACAUCAAACGUAAAAAGAAUGAUAUGCGGUGUAAAUUAA